UAAGCUACCGGAAGUAUCUUACCCUGACUCUGAUAUGACGAUUUUAUUCUGCGACAUCAACGAACUAGUGCCGUUCACUUAGUUAGCCUGCAGGCUAACCCAUUUUCUGUUAUUUUGUGUACGCAGCGGGUCAAACCUGACGCUUUUCCCAUCUGAAAUUGGUCUCACCCACAAGAUGAUUGAUACAGAGAGGGGGGCUGUUGACGCUGGUACAGAAGAACCCAGCAGUAAGAACAAGGAGACGGAAAAAAAGAAGAGGUCCCGUGUCAAACAGCUGCUGGGUGAUGUGAAAAAGCAAGUGGAGUUCUGGUUCGGAGAUGUCAAUCUUCACAAGGACCGCUUUCUCAAAAAACUCAUGGAUGAGUCAGACGAUGGAUAUGUGGAUAUAUCUGUGUUGGCGAGCUUCAAUCGAAUGAAGAAACUAACAACUGAUACCAAGUUGAUUGCAAGAGCGGUGAAAAAUUCAUCUGUAGUUGAGGUUAACCUAGAGGGAAAUAAAAUAAGGCGUCAGAACCCACUGGGAGACAUACCAAAUGAUGUCGACAGCCGUACAGUCUAUGUGGAACUUUUGCCCAAGGAUGUGACGCACAGCUGGAUAGAGAGAGUGUUCACCAAAUGCGGGAAUGUGGUUUAUAUCAGCAUCCCAAGAUACAAGUCUACCGGCGACGCCAAGGGUUUUGCUUUCAUAGAAUUUGAGACAGAAGAACAAGCACACAAAGCCAUUGAGAUGCUCAACAAUCCUCCUGAAGAUGCUCCCAGGAAGCCAGGGAUUUUUCCCAAGACGAAAAGUGGGAAAACCAUCCCUCUGACAGCCGACAAUCCACCAUCAGGGGAAGAAGAGGAGAAGAAGAAGCGAAAGAAGAAGAAAAAGAAAGAAGUUGCCACGUUACAGACAACUGCAGAGGAAGAAAAAGAGCAGGUGAUGGAAGCAGAGCCGUCUGAGCAAAAGAGGAGGCGCUCAGCAGCAGGCGAUUUUGAGUUAGAGGUUGCUGGCACCCUGAAGACACCUGGCAAACUGUCAGAGAAGAAAAGACGACGGUCACACACAGCAGAGGGGUCUGAAAGUGAACUACCAUCGAAGAUAAGGAAGACGAGUGAAAGUGAAGCUGGACAGAAGGAGAAAGAUGAAACAGAUAUUGAUCCACCUGCUAAAAGUGACACAGAGAAGGGUGUUGAGGAAGGGAAAGAAAACAGAGAUGAUUCAACAGUAAAAGCUAAGAGGAAGAGAAACAAGAAACACAAGGAGAAACUAAAAAUCGGAGAUGAAGUCAUCCCACUCCGGGUUCUUUCAAAGAAGGAAUGGCUUGAGCUGAAGGACGAGUAUCUGACGUUGCAGAAGCGCAGCAUGAAGUCUCUGAAGAAGUGCAUUAAUAAGAUUGAUCACAGGGAGCAAAAGAGGGUAAUGGAGACAGACAACGAUCCUCAAGAUGGGAACACUGAGAAAACUAUCAAAAGUGAGAAAGCCACUAACCAAGGCCCUCAGUUUACCAGUGGUGUCAUCAUGAAGAUUACAGACAACAAGCCGCUACCAGCAAGGAAGUUCAUCAAGGAUUCUCUAUGCAAAAUAUCUCCAGUGGCGUAUAUUGAUACCUUGGAAGGAGAUGCUGAGGGUCACAUCCGCUUUCACACCCCAGAGGACGCUAAAGCCGUUAGUGACGCUAGAGCAGAGUUACAGAAAGAACACAGCUGGAAACUCGAGAUUCUCACAGGUGACCACGAACAAAGGUACUGGCAGAAGAUCCUAGUGGACCGCCAAGUCAAAUUGAAUCGUCCAAGGGAAAAGAAGCGGGGUACAGAGAAGCUCAUAUCCAAAGCCGAAAAAAUCAUCCUUGCCCGGGCCAAGGAGGCUAAUAAGCACAUCCGUUUCCAAGAAGACUGACAGCUGCCGUGCUGAAAACUCAUUUUUGACAACCAUACAGUCGUGUGUACACUAUGUCACAUGAUAGAGAACUGAAUGGAACUUGAAAUGUAAAUUAGUGAAAAUGUCCCCUCAUUUUUUUGUUGCACUGGAGACGCCCAAGUUAACACUGAAUCAUGUUAUGCAUACACAGUUUGGCAACAUUGCUUUUUUUUUUUAAUUGACAGCUUUUAAAAAAAACAAUUUUUUUAGAAAGCUUCUGUAUAUGAGUUGUAUAUAUGAAUGAUUUGAAAGUGCUCCCAGUUACGACAUGGACAAGUGGUUGUCGUGGCAUUUCCUUUUGAGGUUAUUAGCCUUUUUUCCCCCUAUUUUUAAUAAAAUGUCAUAAUUUGA